CCUCCUCCCAGAGUUCUCGCCGCGGCCGCCGCGCGCGGAGCCUGGAACACUCGGCACGAGCCGCCCCCGCCCCUCCCUCCUGACGCCCACGCGGAGCCAGCCCCGCGCGCGCGCCCCGUGCACCCCCGCGCCUGCGCGCUGCCCGGGCCCGGCCCAAGUGUGGGGGCGCCGGCGGCCCCGGGGGGGUGGGGAAGUAGGGGGGCAAAAAAACAGCACGCGGACCAGGGCCAGGGUUGCCCACCCCCCGCCACAAUGGCCUCUGGGGUGGAAGUCCUGCGCUUCCAGCUGCCGGGCCACGAGGCUGCUACACUGCGGAACAUGAACCAGCUCCGCGCAGAGGAGCGGUUCUGCGACGUGACCAUUGUGGCCGACAGCCUCAAGUUCCGAGGUCACAAGGUCAUCCUGGCCGCCUGCUCCCCUUUCCUGCGGGACCAGUUCCUGCUGAACCCCAGCUCCGAGCUGCAGGUCUCGCUCAUGCACAGCGCACGCAUCGUGGCCGACCUGCUGCUCUCCUGCUACACGGGCGCCCUGGAAUUCGCCGUCAGGGACAUCGUCAACUACCUGACGGCCGCCUCCUACCUGCAGAUGGAGCAUGUGGUGGAGAAAUGCCGGAAUGCCCUCAGUCAGUUCAUCGAGCCCAAAAUAGGCCUCAAAGAGGAUGGGGUCAGCGAUGCCAGCCUUGUGAGCAGUGUCAGUGCCACCAAAUCCCUCCUCCCUCCUGCCAGGACCCCAAAGCCAGCCCCCAAGCCCCCACCCCCACCCCCUCUGCCCCCUCCCCUCCUUCGGCCUGUGAAGCUCGAGUUCCCGCUGGAUGAGGAUCUGGAGCUGAAGGCUGAGGAAGAGGAUGAGGAUGAGGAUGAGGAUGUGUCCGACAUCUGCAUCGUCAAGGUGGAGUCUGCCCUGGAGGUGGCACACCGCCUCAAACCUCCCGGAGGCCUGGGAGGAGGUCUGGGCAUCGGAGGCGCCGUGGGCAGCCACCUGGGGGAGCUGGCCCAGAGCAGCGUGCCCCCCAGCACCAUGGCCCCACCGCAGGGCGUGGUGAAAGCUUGCUACAGCCUGUCCGAGGAUGCGGAAGGGGAGGGCCUGCUGUUGAUCCCUGGAGGCCGGGCCAGCGUGGGGGCCACCUCUGGCCUGGUGGAGGCAGCAGCAGUGGCCAUGGCUGCCCGGGGGGCGGGGGGCAGCCUCGGGUCGGGGGGCAGCCGGGGGCCCCUGCCCGGGGGCUUCUCCAGUGGCAGCUCCCUGAAGAACAUCAAGUGCACCAAGUGCCCGGAGGUGUUCCAGGGCGUGGAGAAGCUGGUCUUCCACAUGCGGGCGCAGCACUUCAUCUUCAUGUGCCCGCGCUGCGGCAAGCAGUUCAACCACAGCAGCAACCUCAACCGCCACAUGAACGUGCACCGCGGCGUCAAGUCGCACUCCUGUGGCAUCUGCGGCAAGUGCUUCACGCAGAAGUCCACGCUGCACGACCACCUCAACCUGCACUCCGGAGCCAGGCCCUACCGCUGCUCCUACUGCGACGUGCGCUUUGCUCACAAGCCUGCCAUUCGGCGGCACCUCAAGGAGCAGCACGGCAAGACCACGGCCGAGAACGUGCUGGAGGCCAGCGUGGCGGAGAUCAACGUCCUCAUCCGCUAGCGCUGGCCCGGCUCCGGGUCGGUGGGAAGGGGUCCCCUGGCCCAGGAGAAUUGGGGGUCGAGGACACGCAGGGAUGGUGGGGAGCCUGAGCAGACACACACAUCCUGAGGGAGGGGCCCACGAUCCCAUGGACAGAAGAGCCUGCCUCCAGAAGAAAAGGGGGGAGAGGGAGAGGGUUGUUCUUUGAGAAGGCCCAGGGAGUACGGGACCCCAGAGAGACGGACUUCUCUUCGAGGUGCAUGGUCUGUGGAGGGAGGGAACGGGCCCUCCGGAAUGAGGAGGCAAAGGGACUGGAAAUGGGUUUUUCCUGGCCAAGCUGCCCAGCGAGAGGUCUGCCAUUUCUUGAGGUGGGGUGGGUGGGAACGGGGAGGGGAUUUGGCAGGG